UUCUUUCCCCAAGGGUAUCUUCAGAUAUCUUGUUAUAUAUACACGUAUUCAGCGAAUGGUAUUGGACUGCCAUCGUUUUUUGCAGCUCCAACAGUCACGUUUAUGUGAAUUCUGCUUACCGGUAUAGACCGUUUAACUUCAUAUCAUAAAAUUUAAUUAUUUCUUUGUCAAGAAUCUAAUUUUGUACAACAGAAAAUACGUAAUCAUGGGCGUGGAUGUGGAAGUUCUUUCUCCUGGGGAUGGUCAGACUUAUCCGAAAACCGGACAAACCGUAGUCGUUCAUUAUACAGGUACUCUUCACAAUGGGAAAAAAUUUGACUCCAGCAGGGACCGUGGAGUGCCAUUUAAGUUCAAAAUAGGUAAAGGAGAAGUUAUUAAAGGUUGGGACCAAGGAGUUGCUCAAAUGUGUGUUGGAGAGCGUGCUAGGUUAACUUGUUCACCAGAUUUUGCCUAUGGUAGUCGAGGUCAUCCUGGAGUUAUUCCUCCAAAUGCAGUUCUUGUCUUUGAUGUGGAAUUAUUGAAGGUGGAGCCUUGAAGAGUUUUUCAGGAUAUACCAAAUUGAUUACACACAUCAGAAUCACUGAUAACUAAACGCUUUAAAUUACAUUAUGUUAAGUAGUUAUUGCAUGAGUGGUAUGUCACAUACUUAAUUUGAUUGCUCAUAACAACAAAAACUUUCAACCAUUCAUUCUGUGUUCCACUAUUGCACAAGUAUACAAUACUACAAAUUACAGUUGUAUGUACAGAAAUGUCCAAUAACUAAUUAAGAUGUGUGGAAUGUUAGGAUACUUUUUACACAUUUUUAUGUCGUAAAUUAAUCAUUAUACAAUCUGUUUUGAGUCUGCUCUAUUGCAUUUCUAUUAUGAGUAAUUAAAUUAAAAUAAAUUUUGAAAUACUCGACAUAUAAUUCGAUAUCUGUGUUCAUUCCAAUUACUUAAUACUUGAUAACAAUCGCCUGGAUAUUUUGUACAAAAUCUUUCGAUAAUACAAAAAGGAAUGACUGUACUAAUAAUGUAAUUGUAUGGAUCUUUACAUGGAAAAAUUCAAUAAAAGCAUUGUUUUGUCUCCAAAUAUAAA